GCAAUAACUGAAGGACGGUGAUCACAUCAGCAUCCUGUCUUCAGACAUAUUUGUGUCCAGCAGCCAGCUAAAGAGAGAUAGAGAGAGGUGUUGAAAUGCUGAUGGCUUUAAGUUAUGGUAGUCAGUCUAGUCUGCUUCCACAGCAGUACCCUCCCCCUCUACUGCCAAAACCAGGGCGAGACAAUGCCCGUCUGCAGAAACUCCUGAAGAAAAGUGGCAAAAAGAAAGUCAGCUCAUCCUCUCAGACACCUAUCCCAUUCCGGUCAAACCUGUCACCAGUAAAUGAGGCCAGCCCUGACCUUGAGCACAGUGACCACUCCACGCCUCCAAGGACUCCAGAAACCCCUCUCUUUAGCAGGACCCUCGAGUCUCGAUAUUCCUCCAGCAGCCCUUUCUGCCAUCACUCCCCCUCCCCACACUUUUACCCCACCAACAGCUCACACUACCGUUCCACGCCGACACUGUCACCACAGUCUUAUUCUUACCCUGCCAGAUCACUGGAGCACCAGAUAGCACCUCUAUACACAUGCUCAUCAAUCCUUUUUGACGAUGACUCCGAGCAGGCCACAGACGCAGAGCCAGAUUCAUCUUUUGAGAUAGCCUUCAGUCAAACACUUCAGUCCAGUUCCUCAAGAGUAAGGAGGACACAUGGCACAUUCGGCAAACAACAGACCUAUCAAGCCUCAGUGCAAAUACAACCCCCCCUCUUGGCACCGGUUCAACCUCCCGCUCCAUAUAUGACAUCAUCCAGUGCACCGGGUUCCCAGACACAGCCAUCAAUCUCUCAGGUUCCAGUGAGCCAAUCCAAUGUGGAAGGAUAUAAAAACGUUGCACCUGCACUCAUUACUCACACACCUCUCACAAAUAGUCACGUCAUGGAAACAGCUGGGUCACAAGUCAAGACUUCCACAAUGGAGAAAAAUGCUGCUUUUCCACAAACAACGAUUUAUACUCCAAAAACAUCAUUUUAUAAGAUAUCAAAGCCCCCUAUUGAAGAGUCCUGGGCUUGUGGUUCUGCUUUGCAGGGAGAAGCACCAUCUAUUGCAAAAAAUCCAGUGAUAGAUGUCAAACAAAAUUCAGGGACAAGGUAUGAAUUUCAAACGCCAACUUGUCAGAUGAAUUCACAUGUAAGCUCAGUAAGACCUGUUUUUGAAGCUUCUGCAGAUAAUCAACCCUUGUUUGCAUUCAACUCGGCAUUAUCUUCCAAAAUGGAGGCAAGAGUCUCCACAGAAAACCAUCAGGGACCCAUAUCUCAAAAUCAAUGGCUCCAACCUCCCUCACUGAUUAGUGUAAAAGCAGCUGAUCAUGACGAUGGCCUUAAAAAAAUGCCUGUGGAUAAACUAACAAAUUCCAUUCCAAAUGGUGUUGUGUUUGCCACAGGACUCAAAUCAUUAAUUUCUCAUGCCUAUUCUGAGGAAUGCUUGACACCAAAAAUUUCUAAAUGUGAAGUUUCCUUAUCUAAGACCCCUACCGAUACUAGUAAGUCAAGUUCUAGAGCAUGUGAGGUGCUUACAUCGCCAGUUAUACAGGAGUAUCCAAUGACUAAAACUGAAACUUCAGAAACCUGUAUAAUGACACCAGCCAAGUCUGUUCCAACAGAUGCACGUCAGGAAACAUCCAUGCCUACCCCUUCCCGUAACUACCAAACACCCAGUACUCCAGUAUAUUGGUCACCAAGACCACCAGCACGGUUUGUGGGCCACCAGAAGCCACUGAAAAAUGAUAUUAACGUCUCAAAACGAAAAUCAACAUACUAUGGUUUGACACCUGCUGAAUAUAUUGCUUAUGGUGGAAUCAAGAUGAAUUCAUAUGGUGAUCAAUCUGUGUAUAAGCCUGAAGUACCAGAAGAUAUUAAAAACAUGACAUAUGAGAACUGUAUGUCCAAAACUCCAACCAAGACAUCUCAAGAAAGGCUUAGCAUUAUAUCUGAUUUCAAUGGAGAGAAAUCCUUGGCAGAUUUAGAGGCUUUAAAAACUUCAGUGGCUGCACUGCCCUUGCAAAUCGCGAUGACAAACCAAGCAAGUACUACGGUACUAGAAACUGGCAAAACUGAAAUCGAAACCAUCAAUAAUCCCACUUUGGAAAUAGCAGAUCCAAGUAUAAAGAAGCGAGAGACAAUCCCUGGAGUACAACCAAGGCCUCUAUCUUUAAAUCCUGAAGAUGCAAUGUACCAUGGGCUUCAAAUUACACCUUUAAGAUCAAUUGUAAACCCCACUGCUGUAGCAGAGGCACCUAGACAACUAAAUUCAGGAUCUACAGACAUCCCCACACCUCCUUUUGCAGCAGAGGGGAAAAAAAUGCCAACUUACCCUUUUCCCCAGGGCCAAUUAAAUAUUCAGAACUCAAAUAUAACCGGAUUGUUAACAAAAAAUCUAUUGUCAGUUCAAAAUAUCCCACUGCAAACAGUGCAGUCAGAGACUGCACACAGAUUUAUAUAUCCAACAGAAAGUUUUAAUUCUGCAUCAGAUAAAAUGAUGCAGUCACACGUUUCUGCAAAUCAAGAGCAGAAAACCUUGCCAUGUUUACCCAAAAGUUCUUUAGGAACUGUCUGCGAUUCUUCUACUGCCAUCAUUACAGGCACUCGACACCACAAUAUCAUAAACACCAACAAUGAAGGUUUCACUGUAAAUAAAAUCACAACAAACUCAACCAAUAUCACAGACUCUGGAGUGCCAUCUACACACACCACAAGUUCCAUUAAAGUCCCUCCAGAUAUUAAAUGUGCAGCCCUCUUAAAGCCAGAGGAAACUAAAUCUGCUCAAUCAAGGUUAGGUUCAUCUAUCUUUACAGACUCAUCGAAGACAGAAAUAACCAGAAAUGAAGACUCAGAUAAGUCUUUUGCAGCCAACCCUGUAGUUUUUCCCAAAUUAGAUAUAUUUAAUCGUCCAAGGCUCCCUAAAACAGAUAUAUUUAAUACUAAAAGUCCCUCUAAAACUGAGCCAUCUCAACUUGAAAACACAUUUAAAUCAGAUGCAUCUAAUGCGGUAGUUCACUCCAAAUCAGGAGCAAAUAAAAGUGAAGUUUUAUUAAACCCAAAAUCAACACCUCCCUCCUUUAAAUCCAAAGACAAUAUGAUCCAAAACACAGAAGAAACCAAAGGUCAGCAGAUGCAGAAACAUGACAACAAUGUGAAAUCUAUUCCAAGCUCUCCAAACAAAAGAAAUACAUCAUCCAAAAUCCCCUCAGAUGAACAGGUAUUUUCACCAGCACCUUACUCUGAGGCUAAGGACAAAUCUUCUAAACAAGACGACAGCAAUGAAGACUUAUUACCCAUCAGUGGUGUUACAAAAUACCCAUUGAUAGAUUUGGAAUCAGACUUACAGGUCUCCAAUAAAACCAACACUGAUUCCAAAGCUGCAUUUAAAGUUAAAAUUGAAUCUAAAUCAAACGAUUCAACAACAUUACAAAGAAAUUCAAUCAAACCAUCAAAUAACAUACCCCAGGACACCAAAUUGAAUAUGGAUAGCGUGCAGUACAAAUCCGUAAAAUCUGACACUCAAAAGGCUUUACCGUGUUCAACUGUCAAGACUUUUUGCAAAGCUCCAAGUGCAGAAAAUAGUCUUGCUGCCAUGCUUCUCAAGGCCGCCAAAUCUCUACCACCCUCUUCAUCUGAGGAAAGCUGUGCUAAAUCCCAGACAGAAGCCAAAUCAUCGAAUAUGGAUGUAAAGGCACAGCAUAUAACUGCUCAGGACUCAAAAACUGAUCCCAUCACAGUUAAAGUGCUAAAGUCUGAUACCUCAAUACCUCAAAAGUGUUUAAAGGAUUCAUUAGCUGUAGCCACUGAAGAUGGCAAGUUUAGCAAAGCGACUCCCUCUGAACCAACACAAGAUGAUCAGAAGAGACUAAAUGAACCUAAGAGUGCUCAAAAACCCAAAGGCCUGAAGGCCAAAGUCAGUGGCUGGACAAAGCUGAAAAAGCACAUGGUUGUUGAACCUGAAGCCCCCAGUUUUCCAGAGCCUGAUGCAGCGCAAAAUGCUCAGAAAGCAGAUAUGAAAAUAAGUGGUAAAGGCAGGUCUGCAAGGGACAAAGAACAGUCAUCGGGUGGACAGGAUGUGGUCAAAAGGAAAGAUGAGCCCAAGGUAACAAAAAUGUGGGAUGCUGUACUUUUUCAUAUGUUUGCCACAAAGGAGAACAUAAUGAAGCAGAUACAUAGCAACAAAACCGAGGAAGAGCGGAAAAACAUGGAGAAGGACGGCCAGUUGGUCCCAUCCUUCGUCAACCGUCUGCCGAUCCUUCUCUACAGCCCGCGCUUCGAUGCCCGGAAGCUGAAAGAGGCAGCUGCGAAACCUCUCAACAAAAUAGCUACAGCCUUUGAAAGAGGGCUGCUGAAUCGCAAACAGAAAGGUGAAGAGCCAAAAGACUUUAACAGAACAGCCAAAGGAUUUGGUACAUCUACAGAAAUAAUGGAAGAUGUUUGAUUGAAUUUCAAAUGUACAGUGUAAAGUUGAUUUCAACUACAGAAUUAACCAAUUAUGUAGUAUUUUAGUGCUGUAAAUGUAAUUUCCGUUUUCUUCAUGAAAUCAACGACGAGACAAACAAACUAUCCGCUGUACUCUGCUCUGAGCAGUGCAGUAAGGGGCUGGUCAGCAGAAAUUGAGGCCUAGUCAUUCCUGCAGAGAGACAGCGACUGAUAGGUGCAGCUGUUCGGGAUGUGGCGAGUGAAAACGUAAUGAUGAGAACGAUCAAAAAAGGAAAGUGGCUCAGAGAGCAAUGUGGAUGGAUCCUGGGUUUAAGUUUGCUCACGUCAGCCAAGCUGGGUGUUGCGAGCAGACGUGUUUGGAAUGGAGAGUUUCAGAACGUGACGUCAUGAGCGGUGUCAAGAGCCCUGCUCAGAAUGAGAUAUGACAUGAUGGCAGUGCUGUUCAUUUCAAAAAGGUCAGCGGGAAAUCAGAAAAGUAUAGCUAGAACAUGAAGGAAAGACUUAAUGUAAAUCUUAAUAUGUUGAUCAUGAAAUAAGACCCUAAAAACUAGUUUCAGAUGUGCUCAUUUUUACUUAUCUUUUAAGUUAAAACCAUUUGAGUUUUGGAUGUUUUCUUACUGACACAUUUCUAGUGAAAUGUUGCAAGUGAUUUCAUGGAUUCAUUUGUAUGGAUUCACUUAUGGAUUCAUUUGUAGUUCAGUAUCACAAAUAAUCAUUAGACUGAUAGGUGAGACAGCAGGCAUGUGACAUUUACUGAAUACUACCCAGAGCUCCAAGAAAGAAGACACUUUAUAAGAUGAUAAUUUUGGCAGCCCUUGUACUUCAGGGAUCUUUGUUGCAAAAGGAGAGACCUGGCUAAAUAUUUCCUGAAUAAACACUACAAAUGGAACCAUCACAUAUAUUGAUUUAUUAUAGCGAGAAACUACUUACUAUAACAAUAUACUAUACAUUAUAACAAUUAAUCAUCAUACACACACUACUGUGUACACCCAGAAGGUAUUUUAAUAUUAGUGUGUUUGUUUCUGUAGAUUACCAGCGGUAUACAACCAAGCUAUUGUACAGCACAUUAUCAUACUUUAGUUACUCUAGUGAAGCAUGAAUUAUGUCUGUGUAGAAAUAAACAUGAUGAAUUUUUAUUUUGUUAUUUUGAAUAAAAAAAAUUUAAUAAAGAGAUUACAUUUCUUACUUGA